AUGCCAGUCGGUCGAAAACGUUGGAAUUUACAUGAUGGACCACAAGGAUCCCUGAGACGACUGCGUAAUCAGCUUGCGGAGGAUGGCUGCGCAGAGUCACAAGUAGUCCUUGCGAAACAACUAUUAGAAGAAAAAUGUGAGCUAGAAGCUGACAAAAUCUCGAAUUUUAAACAAGCGUUGGAGUGGUUGAUUUGUGCUACAGAGAAGGCUCACCCUGAAGCAAGAAGAAUGUUGAGAAGGUGUAUUCGCAGCGGCGUAAUCGACGAGGACAGCGCAGCAAUAAUUCGCGCUAAGUCGUGUUUAGCUGCUAGCCGCCAGGAGACAGUCGCUAGAAAAGCUGCCCGUGAUCUAUUUGCCAGUCUUUCCAACGGUGAACAAUACAUAACUACUGCACAACUGGAGCGGCGCAUCCGUGAGAUAUGCAGUACCACGCUUCGGAAGGAAACCGACGAUGCUGACUCUGCAGAGGAAGCGCCCGCUCUAGAUGAUGGACAGGCUCUGGAGCCUUCGCGACUACAGGGGGGUGAUCAAGUGCACAGCAAUGGCACCAUACGAACUGCAGAUACGCCUGAAGAUGAAUGCUCAGAAAGAUGCGGCCAAAGCGAAGAAAUACGAAGCCUGACCGUCGACAAUUUAGUUUCAGCCGCAGUCGACUAUUGCCAAGGCGAAUUGCCAUUAGUUAGCUAUGAACUCACUCUCACCGACCCCAAUGUUAAGGCCUUAGACCACAUACCGUUGCUACAUCAAGCAUUCUUACAUCCCAUAGUCUUCAUACAAGUCCUGUAUCUGAAAUUGUUAUAUUAUUUUGGCGUCGUGACUGUAACUCUCCCUAUAUUUGCGUUUCUUCAAUAUAUUACGAUGUCCAGGAUGUUGUAUACCGUGUCUGUGGUGCUAGGGUUCGGCGUGAGUUUGGCAGUGACAUGCUUGUUGGCGAAAUCAGACACUACAAAGAAGUUUGUUACUCCGUUUCAGCUCACAGUCGGCAUAAUAACAAUUCUAUAUUUCGGCAACCAAUUCGUAACGAACCUUCAAGAUGAUGGCCUUCCUGCUGGAUUAAUCGAACUCAUUGGAGAAGAAAAAUCCAGUAUAAAGAACCUUUUGAAAAACGAAUUCUUAACCGACUACGAAGAAAACAGCUAUCACAUAAACUGGGACGAUUACUACAACCAAUGCAACUCUCCAUCUUGGUCGGCUUAUAACACGGCAGCGACGCAAAUAAAAUGCUCCAUUCUCGACGGUGCCAACGUGAAUUGGGAGGGUUAUAUCACUGAUGUUCGUUUGAAGAGUGUGAGGAACAGAUGGCGGGACUUCGAGUCGUACUUGCCCGUAUUUCUACAGGAAUACUUUAGGUGUUAUUAUGGCGAAGAGUAUAAGACGCUAUGUGAAAAUGACGGUAGUUUACAAGACGUUAAGGAGUGCGAGUUUAUUAGAAGUGUUGCAAGACAAAGUGGAAAGAGUUGCCAUUUAAAUAAUUUGAAUGAAUACACAUAUGAAGUAAAACUAAUGUUGGAGGCGAGUGGGGGUCUUCUCAAACGUCACGCUGAAAUCUCCAUUCUCUACGACCACUACUUCACUAAUUUCACACGUCAACUUCGCGCGGACGACAAAAUAGCCUUCAGGGGAAUACUAUCAAACGAAAAUGUACCUUAUAACAUUGGAACUAAGGAUAUAAAUAUAAAGGGAUAUGAAAUUAAUUGCUUGGAGUGUAAAGAAGGCCGAGGUACCAUUCGAUCCAAAGUACCUUCUGUGUCUAAAUUCUCGGAGCUUUUUAAAACGCUUACAAAACCACUUUUUUGUAUUGGAAAAGAAAAAAUAACUGGAUUUGUAGAGCACGCAAAAGCUAAAAAGAAACAUAAUGCAACUAUAGGAUUGAUCUUUUACUUGACAUGA